AUCUCUCUGUUUCUCUCGAAAGCCAAAAUGCAUGGCUACACGUUUGGUUGCUCACUUGUUCAGUCAUUGAGAAAACUCAAACUCCUCUCCCUCUCCGAUCCUCUCACUUUCCCAUUCUUCCAUUUCCAUUCAACUAAAAUUCAGCAUUCUCGUGUUGGGUAUCAAAUCAUGAAUUUGAAUAAUGAUUCCCAUUUCAAUUCCAAAUACGGAUCAACUUCUUCUUCUUCUUCUAGGGCGGCGAUGGUGUAUCAAGUCCCCGGAGGACUGAGUUCAGACGAAAUGGACCGAAUUGCCGGACACACCAUUCAAAGAUACACUGACUCGCAUUCGCAUUCGCGUUCAAUUUCACAGAGAAGUGGUAAGGGAAUCGCCAUUGUUUGGUUCAGGAAUGAUUUGAGGGUAUUGGACAAUGAGGCUUUGUUCACUGCCUGGUCUUCCUCUGAGGCCGUUUUGCCCUUGUAUUGUGUUGAUCCUCGACUUUUUCAUACCACCCAUUACUUUGCCUUUCCUAAAACUGGAGCUCUGAGAGCACAAUUUCUCAUUGAAUGCUUGGCUGACUUAAAAAAUAAUUUGAUGAAGCUGGGCCUAAACUUGCUCAUUCAACAUGGAAAACCUGAAGAUAUUAUCCCUUCGCUUGUGAAAGAAUUUGGAGCGCACACAGUGUAUGCCCAAAAAGAAACAUGCAGUGAGGAGGUCAAUGUUGAGAGAUUGGUUAGCUGUAGUUUGCAACAGGUGGCGCUUGCCUCACCUCUAGGGCCAUCCACCCGCCCGACUCCCACAAAUAAUGCUAAACUACAAUUGGUUUGGGGUGUUACUAUGUACCAUGUAGAUGACCUCCCAUUUGAUAGCAGUUGUUUACCAGAAGUUUAUACUCAGUUUCGUAAGUCUGUUGAAUCCAAGUCCAAGAUACGAGGUUGCAUUAAGCUCCCAUCAUCACUUGGUCCUCCGCCCAACAUUGGGGAUUGGGGAUGUGUGCCUUCACUUAGUCAGCUUGGGCUUCAAGAGGGAAAGGUCAACAAUGGAAUGAGAUUUGUGGGUGGUGAAACCGCAGCACUGAGUAGAGUAAAUGAAUAUUUCUGGAAAAAGGAUUUGCUGAGAAUGUACAAGGAAACACGGAAUGGGAUGUUAGGACCUGAUUACUCAACAAAAUUUUCCCCAUGGCUUGCUUCGGGCAGCCUCUCUCCUCGUUUCAUAUAUGAAGAGGUAAAGAGAUAUGAAAAGGAGAGACAAACAAAUGAUUCCACAUAUUGGGUCUUGUUCGAAUUGAUCUGGAGGGAUUACUUCCGGUUCCUAUCAAUCAAAUAUGGAAAUUCUCUUUUCCAUAUAGGUGGUCCAAGAAAAGUGAAGACGAGAUGGAGCCAAGACCAGCUCUUGUUUGAGUCUUGGAGAGAUGGCUGUACUGGGUACCCUCUCAUAGAUGCUAAUAUGAAAGAAUUAUCAAUGACUGGCUUCAUGUCAAAUCGAGGGAGACAGAUUGUAUGUUCCUUUCUUGUUCGAGAUAUGGGAAUUGAUUGGCGAAUGGGAGCUGAAUGGUUCGAGACAUGCCUUCUGGAUUAUGACCCUUGUUCCAAUUAUGGUAAUUGGACAUAUGGAGCAGGCGUUGGGAAUGAUCCAAGAGAAGAUCGUUACUUCAGUAUUCCUAAACAAGCCCUAACAUAUGAUCCUGAAGGGAAGUAUGUAGCAUACUGGUUACCUGAGUUACAAGCACUUCCAAAAGAGAAAAGGAACUUCCCUGGGCAUUUAUACAUUAAACAAAUUGUACCUCUCAAAUAUGGGAACUCUCACAGGAAUAGAAACUCUGAUUCGGAAGGAAAAGGAAAACACAUGAAAGGUUACAAGAGGUAAGAGAAGAAGACUUGUUACUUCAAUGUCAUGUGGAAUGAAGAUCAAUGACUUACCUUGACCCUAGCUAUUUGAUAUCCAAAAGAAUAGAAGAAGUAAAAAGUAAAGAGGAAUGCUCUGAUUAUUCGAGGAGACUUGUACUGUUAUUCUGUUAUGUAAUGGUUGUUUAUGUCUUCUGUAUUAGAUUCUGAUUUGUUGUCUAUGCUAAGUGCUUGGGUUGUAGGACUAGUUUUUUCCCUAGUGUUGUGGUGAGGGAUUUGGUUUGGUAACUUUGGUUGGGGAAGUUGGUUUGUUUUGGUUGUUGGACUUGUUUUUUUUGAACCCCCAUCCCAACAUUCCCCUCCUCCCACAUCUGACCCAGUGUCAGGUGGGCGAAUUGGGAAAUUUUCAUUGACAAAUUAAAUCUUAUUUCUAUCAUAUUUGUAGGCUAAAUUUUACUA